GCGAGCACUAGGUAUCGAUUUUCCGCGGAAAAUUAAGUGCGAUGAUUUUCUAUACUACACAGUGAAAAAAAAUAAACAAAUCAGUUCUAAGAACUCUUUAGUAAACAAAAUGUAACAAAAGAAAGAUUGUGUCAUCAUUUCGUGGCAAUAAAAACAAAAUAGCGUUAGCUUUAUCAAGAUUAACAAUAUGUGCGCUAAUAUUUUGAAAAUUAUUUUUUUUACAUUACUAAUACAACAAAAAUAUUUUAUAGUGGAAUCUAGUGUUUCUUUUACAGGUUUUAAACAAAACAGAAGUUCACAUCAUGUGCGUAGAGCGAAUGUGGAUGAUUUUUUCAAAAACAAAAUUCUCUCUUCCUAUCGGUCAUUUCAACCAAUUUCUGUGAAAUAUCAUAAAACUUCUUAUCCCCGAACUGAAGACAGGCCGGACUAUGAUAUUACGUCCUACGAUUCAGAAUACGGUGGUGUGGUUUCGAACUUUACGUCUUCCAUUUACGAUGAUAACCCACCGUUGUACCCUAAUCCAGAAUUUGUUGCGCGGAGUAACCAAGUCCUCAGUAAAACAGAAAGUAAACCGCCAGAAUCUGAAGUCGAUUUACCAGAUGACUCGUUAGCAGACGCAGAUCUUAAGGAGCACAAUAUAAUUGACAGUGUUACGUAUUUGUACGGAUUUAACGGUUGCCAUGGGGUUAGGAACGAAUGGAUGAUAUUGAUUUUCAUAACAUGUGGCAUAGCAGUCAUCAUGUUGAUAUCAGCAGUUAUGUGGCUCAUGUGGAGUGAGUAUGCUGCGGAGUUCCGCCGAAGCAGCAAGCUUUAUCCGAUCAAUAUAAACCUUUGCUGCUGCCUCAUAGUCUGUACACUUAUUUACAUACAGGCUGUCGUGGGUGUAUCAUCGCCGUCACAAUGUGAGCGCAUAGCCCUUUUACUUCAUUACACGCACGUAUCCUGCGCUAUGUGGAUCGUAGCAUUAGCAGCGGCAGUAGCGGAAUAUUGUGCAUGUGAUACACUAUUACCAUUGAAGUACAACUAUCUUUUGGCCUAUGGUAUCCCAGCCUUGGUGGUUAUGUUCAAUUAUGCAUUAUCAAUGGAACAUUACGAGAUUAAACAUUAUUGCUGGAUGUCUAUUGAAAAGGGAAUGGUAAUGGGAUUUAUGGUACCAGCUAUGAUUCUGAUAGUUAUUAACACUGCAAUCAUUAUUCUUGGUUUGCAAAGUGUCAAUAAGAAACAAGCUGAAAUGUUGACUGCAAAAAUUCAAGAACUAGUUGACCACCACAUUGCGAACUGGCCUAAAAAUGAGCCAAUAGAACCUAUGAUCGAUAAUACCAAAGGCAGCAUUGAUACCUUGGAUAUUUACACACCUGGAAGUAGCAGGAAGAACACAGAUAGCUCAGAUACGUUGGACAAGGAAUAUAAUUUUAGCGAAGAUGAUUGCCAAAACGGUGAAGGUAAUGAGCCAACGCAUGCUAAAACAAUUCAAGACAAAGGAAUACUUAACAUGCUCUAUAUGGAUAAUCUUUCUUGGAAAUGGAGCUGGAAUACCGAAGGGAAUGAGCUGAAGACGUACUUGAACUUAUGUUUAGUUCUAGAACCGUUUUUCGCCAUCAACUGGGUAAUGGGUGUGGUAGCAAUUGAAAAUGCAGCGCAUUGGUCUACCCCUACUAUAUACUUGAUAUUGGUCAUGGCAAUGUACGUCUACCUGACUGCUACAAUAUGCACCACGUUACCUAUUGUUCGAAACAAGAACGUGCCAGCUCCUUGUUGCGAAGAAGUGAUUACGGAACCGACACUCACGAGGACAAGGACAACCGACAGCAUCCCUCUACUGGAUCCAGCUAUUCAACAGCCAAACGUUACACCAGCUCCUGCAGAUACCAUCAGCACAAUAAGUAUUUAAACUACUCAAGAUUAUUGUGUAUUGAUGAUACCGAUUUCAUAUGAGUUAAAUUUUUAACUCUGCGGUUUUGACGAUUCUCAAGAAAGUAUUUAUACAUUUUUUGGGAGCCACGUCGAUCUAAUCUUGUUAUGCCUUUAACAUCUUGUAGAAUAUAAGUGUGCAUGCCUGAAUUCUAUAAAUAUGGGAAGAAGGUUCGAGUGCACGCCGGAUGCACUUAUUAUGUGGAAAGAACAAAAAUAAUAAUGAAAAAAAAUCAAGAAUUUAUAGGCGGAUUAAAAGAUAUCUUAGUUUAGUAGGUAUUUAACUACCUACGUUUCUUUAUGGCUAUAAAAUGUUAGCAUUUUAAUAAAUUUUUCGACAGGCCUAGGGGUAAGUAAAGUUUUUGUCAGAUUAAUCUCAAAUGUAAGAAACAAAGUACUUAUAAGUAAGUAAUGAAGAUUUAAAACUGCGUUGCAAGCAAUGUUCGUCGCAAAGUAAGAAGGAUUAUUGAUUGUUGGAAUUGAUACAUAAACUUGAAUUAUAUCGCUAAGCGAUUAAUAGAAUACUAAUGUG